ACCAAAACCCAAAGCAUCUCCUUCGAAACCCUCCUUGCGUUUUGUACCUUCCUUCUCUCUCUCUCUCUCUCUCUCUCUCUCUCUGCUUGGAGCAGAAGGAAAAUAUCUCCGAAUUUUCUAGAGAAAGUGGAGAUUUUGGAGAAAAGAAGCAAUGGGAGAAGGGAGAGAAGGGGACUGGGAAUGCGGCGGAUGCAAGAACAGGAACUACGCCUUCAGGUCCUUCUGCAACCGCUGUAAGCAGCCUCGCAUCCUCGUCGACGUCAACACCCCCGCCGACUCCAAGUGGCUCCCCCGCAUCGGCGAUUGGAUCUGCACCGGGUGCACUAACAACAAUUAUGCAUCAAGAGAAAAGUGCAAAAAGUGCGGGCAACCAAAGGAGGUAGCAGCAAUGCCAGCGAUUGCAAUGCCUGGAGCUACUCUCCCAACUUAUUCGCAUUAUUUUGCCAGGGUCCAAGGAGGAGCAGAUCAAAGGAUGGGAUUAAUGGGCAAUGGUGCUCUCCAACAGUCUUUUCCUUUGACCUCUAACUGGCCUGCAGUCGGGACCGAUAAGUUUGGAGUUCUGCCAGCUUCUGCUUGGUCCUUAGGUGGGAAUCCUAAUUUUGGACUUCCAUAUGCGAACCCUAGUAAUCAGCUUCUUUCAGUUCCCAAAGGAUGGCGCAAUGGUGAUUGGAUCUGCAGCUGUGGUUUCCAUAACUACUCUUCUCGUGCACAGUGCAAGAAGUGCAAUGCUUCUCCAGUUCCACCAGCAUUGGGAACAAAGCGAUUGGCAUCCGAGGAGUUUGUUCAUGAUUGGGACAACAAGAGGUUGAACAUAGGACAUACAAACGGGCAACAACAAUCAUCAUACCCGGGCUUUGAACCUCCAAUAGGCACUAUUGCUGGCUCCAAACCUGGAUCAUACACUUCCUACUCCAGUGCUGGUUCAGGUUUCGCUUCUAAUUUGCAAGUUGCCACGGUAUUGCCGCAGCAUGCUACUACACCCACACUUCUUGGAAAAGGUGCAAAGCAAUGGCGUGAAGGUGAUUGGAUGUGCACAAAUUGCAACAACCAUAAUUACGCAUCUCGAUCGCAUUGCAAUAGGUGCAAGACUGAAAGGGAUGCAGUUGCGCAACCGGUCAAUGCCCUUUAGCUGCUUACACUCCAUACUCCAGUUGUUCCCCCCCCUUUUUUUUUUUUUGACACAAUCCGUACUCCAGUUGUUGUAUCUUUGGUAUUCAAAGGAUUUUUUUUUUUGGUCUCUAUGUGUUAUGAAUUGUAAGAUGUGAUGUUUUAUGAUCUCGAUGAAAUAGCGGUAGGUACGACAUGCUAAUGUGCCUUGGAUGAUCCACAUCUCAGGGUUAUUUAUAAAUAUUUCUGUAAGCAGAGUGUGUAAUCAACAUAUAUUUAACUGGUUCAUAAUUUCCAUCUAAUAGUGAAAGCGUGGGUGCAUUUUUAGAGCA